AUGGCUGGCUAAAAGGGUUCUGGAAAAACAUAAAUAAUAAAGCACUUAAACCUCAGCUCUUACUCAAAAGAUGCCAUGGAUAUGCCUUAUCCUCUAUAAAAAAUACAAUAUAACAACCUCAGUAUAAAUAUUUGGACCUUAGAUGGUAAAUGGAAAACCUAUUACUACUGCGAAAAUUACUUUCAAAAUAACGAUGCUAUAAUAUACGUACUUCACUCUAUCGAUUGUGAAGCAAUAAGUUAGGCAAAAUAUACUAUUAAUAAAAUAAUAUAAUAAAACUAAAAUAGUAAGACUCCUGUAUUAAUAUUCUUUAAUUAAAAGCACUACUAACAUGUACAAAUUGAACAAAUCGAAUAAUUAUUAAAUUUAUAAGAAAUAUCUGGAAUAGAUCAAUACCACAUCUAAGAAUGCUGUGCUAUCAAAGGUGAUGGUGUAAUUUAAGGUUUCUAAUGGCUUUAAAAAUUAUUAAUUAAAAACGAAAAUUAAUGA